GAAUGUGACAUGGCGUCCAUCAAGAUAUAUCACGGCCUCCUGUAAAACUGUUUUAAUGACAGUGAUCUUAGUUUGCAUUUUAUUACUGAGGCCGUAAUAAAUCGUAUAUUUGCAUUGAUGGUAAUGCAUGCAAGGAAACCUCAGCGGAUAAGCGAUGGGUACUUUGAGAAGCAUCAGGCCCAUCCGUAUCAGAAGUACCAUUCAAAAAGUGAAAGAAGAACAGCUGGUGACUACGUUUCUUCUGACAGCCAGUACACACCUCUCCGAUCCCCCAAUGGUAACCUUUCUACACAUGGACACAGCACACAUUCGAGUCACUCCAGUCAUGGCCACCACCACUACCAUGUUGUUGAUGACAGAGGUUAUCCAACAUCACGAAAUGCUUACAUGCAGAAAGGUUCAGACAAGGAGAGAGAUAGAGACUACAAAUCCUCUAGAAAUAAGUACACAGAUAGUGUCAGAUCACCGAAAGAAAAACGUAGCAAAGAUAGUGAAAAGGAGAGAAGUAAUCAUGAACGAAGUGAAUCAGAAAAAAAGAGUAGGACUAGUAGCAUGAAUAGUGUUAGUAGGAGUAGUAAAUAUGACAAAACGCCUUCAGCUGCAAUGUGUUCAGACCAUUCUGGUAGUGAGUGGUCGGAGCACAUUAGUUCCUCUGGAAAAAGGUACUACUAUAACUGUGUCAGUGAAGUGUCACAAUGGGAAAAGCCUAGAGAAUGGGACUCGAGAAGAAUGUCAUCCAAAGAUUCAACAUAUUCUUCAAGAAGCAAAUGCCUAAGGCUGCGUUCACACCAAACUGACCGUCAGCUACGGACUGUGAGCGAGAGCUAUGCAGAUCGUGAUAAAAGGUCUAGCUCCCGAUCGGGGAGAAGAGAAUCCGAAAAAACUAGUAAAAGAACAAACAGUGCUUCGGAGAGGUACUGGAACAACAGCAGAGAGGAGGAGGCGCUCGACCGAACUAGACCAAAACAUUCGGUUCUAGCGCACGAUGGCAAAGAUGGCCAAUCAUUACAAGACAUGGACAUAUCUCCAGACCGGAGUACACCGCUGUCGGAGAACUCCUAUGGUGCAAGAGACACUAAUUCCACAAUACGAAAUAAUUCAGAAAACAAUUCAGUACCUCCUGUUGUGGUCCUUGACAAUUCAAAUCAACCGAGUGGGUCGUUAUUGGCGGCGGCGCUGCCUCGCAUCGUGGCGGCGCCUGUAGUGAUGCCAGCUAACAACGGCGCGAGUAUGUCGCCGGGCGCGGGGGCGUGCGCGGGCGCGGGCGCGGUGGCGGUAGCGGGCGCGGGAGCGGGCAGCGGAGACACGACGCCGCACCGUGACGCCGGACCGCCCACGCCCACACAUUCAGAGAACGUGGACCCGCACGCCCCGCCCCUACAUCUAGACCAGGCGCUGCCCAGGAAGAUGGAAUGCCUGGGCAGUUACUCGUCAGUGGUGGGCGGGACGCUGCAUCACGCGCCGCCCAUGCUGACGCCCUCAUUGGUCAACUACAUGCGUACUGACCUUACCGCCCACGUCAAUGGCUGGCCUGCCGAUAUAUUGGAAAAACAGGCCAACAAGUUCACCGAGGAGGCGUAUCAGCUGGGAUGCCUGCAAUGCACGCGGGUCUCCGCCGAGUUGAAGUGCUCGCGAUCACUCGUCCGCCACACAGAGAUACAAGCAACAUUACAGGAACAAAAGAUAAUGUACCUGCGACAGCAGAUCUCGCGGCUGGAGGAGCUCAAGUCCCAGAACUCGUUCAUGUCGGACGACUAACCGCGCUCUGCAUUACCCACCCCUAACGGGUUCACUUCACCCGCAUCAAUGCUAAACGUUGUUCAUUCCGUUCUUUUUUUUCUGUGUAAUUUAGAUCGAAUGAUUACUGUUGUGUUGUGUGAUUUGAUGUUAAACUAAGCUUUCAUCCUCGUGAAAUUCAAAUUGAAUCCGAGUAUUUUCUGACAAAAUUCUAUAUAGAAUGCAAAUUAAUAAUUUGAGUUGAGAGUGUAUAUUGUAAGAAAAUGAUCGUUGUAGAUAAAUAAGUUGAUAGCGGCGUGACGAGUUCGCACUGUCCCGCGUCCGUAACGUGCCCGCCGCCGUGCCUCCACCCUCCCCUCAUACUACAGGCAUCGCGCGGCAAAGAUGUUUCCUAUCAUAUUUAUAUUCAGCAAUGACAGAGAUGAUUUAUAGUGAUAGUUUUCAUUGGUCAGUUGUAAGGGUACAGUGUUUUGUAAUGUAUUUAAAGAAUUAAAUUAUUAAAUAAUACUUUCAUAUAUUUCGUUUUUGUAUAAUUCUAAUGUAAGCCACUCCCUUUAGAGUCAGUAGUUUAAGUGCUAAUACAAUGAAAUGUUCAAAUAUAAUGUCGAUAGUUCAUUUUUUCAAUUUUUUUUUAUAGAGCUGCACGUAUAGAUAUUUAUCUCGGGAAAGUUUGUGUCUACAUCCGAAUUUCACUUUUCUAGGGUGUUCCCAUACAAUAUUUCACUCGUCCCGAGAAAAGUGGAAUUUGGUAUUGACAUUGCGUGUAGCUUUAAGAGUAUCGGAAACCGAUUCAAAUAACAUUUUUAUACUUUGACUAGUUCUAUAGUAAAUAAUAUUAUAAAAUAAGCGUUUUGUCGUAUAUGAAUAAGACGGGACAGUUAUAAGAAUAUUACUUUAUUUGAGUCUAUAUCAAUGAUACAAUAAUCAAUAUUACUUAUAUAUUAUUUUGAUUAAUGUUUGUGUUGCGUCCACAUUAUUACUAUUAUAAAUCUAAGUAGUCUUUAAUUUGAAUAUAGAUGAACUACUGACACUAAAGGAUCAACUUCCGUCGUGUUUGACUGGUAUAUAAAUAGGUCACAUGGUCUUAAAACGACUUUGUCGGCUAGAACAUCUUCAUUUUCGACCAAUCAUUAUGUAAACUUUGUAAAGAACAGGUAUUUUUAAUAUUAUUAUUAUUAUAGUAACCGCAACUUCAUGUAGUUACAUUAGUUGAUUUUAUUAAAAAAUCAUAUAAGCUUAAUAAUUAAUAUGAAUCACAAUAUUUUGCAUGCUUGCUGAUUUUGAGAGUGCAACACGAAAGAAGCCAAGGAAGUAAUAUUAGCGAAUGAGUAGUUAGAUAAAACCAGCUCCGGUCUAGGUAUUUUUCUUUUUUUUUUAUGUUAAGGCUAACAAUUAAAAUGCUGAAAUUGGACACCAACCUGUAUAAAUUAACUGAAAUAAGUACUGUGAUAUUCAUUCACUUUCACACCUAAUAAUAAAUUAUAUAUUAUGUAGGUCUGUGUGGAGUAAUAAAUGUAAUAUUAUUUAGAUGCACGCUGUUUAUAAUUACACUUUAUUUAUAUUAUUUAGGGCCCAUUGAAGCAGGACUCCGAAGUCAAAUAUGUGUGUGAAUGUUGCCAUGAGGCGUAUUCAUGUUGCAGCGUGUUAGUGUGAGCUGGGGCCUGCAUUUGCCCGCCGUAAACUUAGUGUAGUGAAUAUUCGAGGUUAAUUAAAUAUCGCGACCGCGCUCGUCGCCUCCACACAGAGCUCGCUAUUGUAACAUUUUCUUUUCAUGUUCUACAUAACUUCGUAAUUUUGUUUUCUUACAUUGUUCGAAAUACGAAGUUCAACCAGUUUAAAUAAAUAAAUCAGUUUCAAAUAAAUUUUUAUUGGUAUUAAUAAUUCUUACCCUUUCUUAACAUUGACGAAAUUAGCUUUAUGAAAUCAGUCAUCUACAAUAAUUGAGUUUUUUUUUGUUUAUACUACGCAUCAUAAAGUAUUAUAGUCUUUAACAUUAUGCGUUUGUAUGUAUUGUUUUAAUGUUCAUCUGUUGUAUAUUAUGAAUGCUGUAAUGGAAAAAUCCAUUUAUGACCGGAUUGAAUUCUUUAAAAUAAUGCUAUAAAUAUCAUAUAUAUGUUAUGUAAUCGUAUUAUGCUUGCAGAGCUU